UGGCAGCCUCCAUGGACACAAAAAUGUUGCUGUUCGGGGGCUUGUGUUUUUUACUUGUUUUAUUGUUUCUCAGACUGGUAGUAGUGCUUAGAGGUCUCGGAAAACAAAGAUGUAUGACUCACAGUAAUUUAAGACAACUAAAAGUUAUGAUAAUUACGGGAUCAGGAGGACACACAACAGAGAUUUUAAGGCUGAUGGGAAGUCUGAGUGAUGCCUACUCACCUAGGAUUUAUAUCCUCGCUGAUACAGACAAACUGAGUGAGGAAAAAAUCAAACAUUUUGAGUCGGGAAGAAAAACAGAAGGACGGAACUCACAGUUCAGCCUGGAAAGGAUACCUAGAAGUCGUGAAGUGAGGCAGUCUUACAUCACAAGCGUGGCCUCGACGCUCUAUGCCUCUCUCUAUUCCUUCCCUCUUGUCUUCAGACAUUCCCCUGAUUUGAUACUUUGCAAUGGCCCCGGAACAUGUAUACCAAUUUGUGCAGCUGGAUUCACAAUGAGGUUCCUCGGAAUGAAAGAUGUUCAACAAGUGUACGUAGAGAGUGUGUGCAGAGUGCAAACAAUGUCCCUGUCUGGUCGAAUCAUGUACCUCUUUGCUGAUCAUCUCUUAGUGCACUGGCCAAGUCUGAAGGAGAAGUACUCCAAAUCAAUCUAUUUGGGAAGAGUGGUUUAAUAGUAAAACUGAAAUAUUUAAAAUAGGUUUGUUAAGAUUGGUAUAUUGCUCAAAGCAAUGAUAACGUUGAUUUGAAACUUUGCAUGGUGGAAGUAUUAUAAAGAGAUGGUUUGCAAUAACACCAUGUGGAUAU